AUGGAUGAUGUAAUUAAUCUUAUUAAUCAUUUAAUAAAUGCUAAAUAUUCAAUUGAUGCAUUAGAAUCUAUUAGUAAUCAAUUAAAUAUUUCUCAAGAACAAAUUCAUAGAAUAUUAAGAGCUGAUCGUUAUAAAGAUUAUUUUCAAUUAAUUAGAAAAAAUCCAAAUCAAGGAACAGAUAAAAUCGCUCUCACACUUGAUCUUUUUUGUUGUACACAUUAUGCUCAAUUAUGUAAAAAACAAUCAUGUCCAUUUUUACAUCUAUGUCCCUACAAUAUAAGACCAAUGCAUGGCAAAUGUACAAAUAAAAAUUGUCCAUAUGAUCAUGAAGUUUUAAAAAGUGCUCAUAAUAAAAAAUUAAUUAAUACUCGUGGUUUAUCAUUUCUAUCAGAUAGUAUUUUAUUGGAAUUAGCCCGAGCUAGUGCUGAUCCAAAUCGAUCAUUUUGGGUAUGUACGGAUAAUGGAAAGAAAGGUGGUUGUCAGAAAAAAACAUGUUGUGAUAAAUUACAUUAUUGUUAUUUUUCUUUAAUUAAUGCUUGUACGAAAACAUAUUGUCCACAUAUUAUAAAUGAAGCUUGUAUCGCAUAUUUUCGACAUAAAGAUUUAUCUGAACAAGAUCAGCAUGAUAUAUUAGAAGCAUUUCAGAAAGUUCUUAAACAACGAAAACCUGAUUUUAUUAAUACAGUCAAUAUACCACCACAUCCAUCUUGGGCUUUAUCGAUAUCAUCAGAUGAAAAGUCGUUGCCUUUGAAUGAUAAUAUAAGUGAAUCAACUAUCAUCGAUCAGCAACCUGCAGGUCUAUCUUCAAUUCGUUCAAUUUUAUCAGCAACAGCACCUGAAUAUAAGGCUAAGACUGUAUAUAAAUCUGAUAUUUCACCACCAUUACCAGAACAUGAACAAGAUAUUCUUCUUAUUGAUACAUCUGAUGAAUCUGAAUGUAGUGAAAUUGAACUUCAUUUAACACAGGAAAUUGGUUAUUCAAUUCGAUUAUCAAUCUCAAAAACAAUUAUUUGUGGAUAUAAAAAUGCUCAAUAUUUUGAUAAUCAGAUCGAACCUGUGUAUUAUUACUGUCCAACAGAAAAUCUCAAAGAUACAUGGAGAUUACUUCGAUGUCAAAAUGACCAAAAUCAAUUGAUUAAACCAUUAAUUAUCUAUUCAAAUAUACGUGAUGCACAUGAAGCAACUGAACUUAAUAUUGAAACUAAUCAAUUUUGUCUUUUACGUUUACUUGUUUUUCAAUCAAAUCUUAUUCAAGAAAAUUGCCUUGAAAUUUAUGAUCCAACAACAAUAUGUUUUGAUCGAAUGUGGAUUUAUGUAUACAGUGAUGAAGGAACUUUCUAA